AACAUCAGGUCAAGAAGGACCUUCCUUCCUUCCCCUCGGCACUUCAAAUGACGGUUGUACUUAACUUGAACUUGGUAGCACCCUCGCACAUCGUUUUGCCCCACGCACUUUCACUUGAUCCUGUACUUUACAAAUUCCCUUGAAAUCUUCGGAGUCCACUCUCCAGGUAGACUUUCUGCUCUCCGUUCUCCCGCAACUCAGGACUCCUGCCACUUGUUUUCGCCUCAGUCUCUCCGUAAUCACUCAUUCCAAGUGUCAGCGACAUUGCUGGCCACAUUCCGCGAUCCCACAACAAUCCUACCCUUCCGAGAUCGUGCAGUUGAGGUCAGUUCAAGAUGGUCAACACUGCAUCAGUUCUCUGCUUUGCCGUCGCCGCAGCCUCUGCGGUGACCGCGGCAAUCACCCAACGCCAUGCUGAAGCGCUGAAAGAAGCGCCGCCCGGCAUCACCUACAGAAUUCCCAAAACCACCAAUUCAUGGUCCUCGAGGAAGGUUACCAAGGCAAGCCAGCAUGUCCAGCAGUUGCACCCGGUGCAGUCAGGCCACGGUAGAAAAACCAACCCCAGGUCUGCCGCGGCCGUUCUCGGUGCCCACCAGCGCCUCGUUGGAGGCUUCGGCUAUGAAAACAUCUCGUCGACGUCUGCAUAUGGCACCCAGUAUGCCAUCGAGGCUCGUUUCAAUCAGCACCCCAUGGCUCUCAUAAUCGACACCGGAAGCUCGGAUACCUGGGCCGUCCAGAAGGACUUCCACUGCAUCGACUACUCGGGCGAGCGCCUCCCCCGGGAGACGUGUGGCUUUGGCGGAACGUACCCUGAGCAGUUCCAAUAUGGUCUGACGGAUCCGGAGACGCACAUGUUCAUUCAGUAUGGUGACGGUGAGAUUGUGACUGGUCCCAUGGGCUUCAUGGACGUCUCCAUCGGCAACGUCACGGUCAAGAAGCAGCAAGUCUGCCUGGCGAGCACCACGUACUGGUACGGCAACAACUACACCAGCGGCCUUUUGGGCCUUGCGUUCCCUUCUCUCACCAAUGCCUACCUCGGCGGCAGCACGGAUCACGACCUCGGCAACCAAAUCCAGUACUCGCCUCUUUUCACUAGCAUGGUGAACCAGGGCCUUGUCGAUCCCGUCUUCAGCAUUGCCAUUGAUCGCAAUGCAUCCACCGGCAUGCUCGCCUUUGGCGGAAUCGCUCCAGUCAGCGGUGUGGACAUGAGCAGGAGUGCCACCUUGGACAUGAUCAUUACCGACAUCAUCGCCCUCCCUGAAACGGCUUCGCAGUACUCCUUCUACACUGUGAUUCCCGACGGCUGGUACUUUGACCAGACGACGAAUACCAAGAAAAUCCCGUACAUUGUUGACAGCGGAACGACGCUCAACUAUCUUCCAUCGUACCUGGCGGAUGCCAUCAACGCAGCCUUCGACCCGCCCGCCGUUUACAUGUGGAUGUACGGCGGGUAUUUCACGUCGUGCGACGCCACGGUCCCGCAGGUGGCUUUGCUGAUGGAUGGCGUCAAGUUCAACAUCAGCCCUGUCGACUUGCUCUACCGGGCGUUGGUAGAUCCGAUGACUGGGCUCUGUAUGACUGCCAUUACGGAUGGAGGAUCCGGUCCCUACAUUCUGGGCGAUGCGUUUAUGCAGAACGCCUUGGUUGUCUUUGACGUUGGCCAGGCCAAGAUGCAGUUCAUUCCUCGGCAGCACUACUGAGCGUGUAUUGGGCUGCUUCGCCGCACUGCCAUCGGAUCUCGCUGUGUUUCAUGCUUUUAAGGACAACAUUUGCGGUGAAGGCGGCGGGUUCAGAGAAAUAUCUGUAUGAUCUGUCGAUCUGGAUCGAUGCUAG